AUGGCUUCCAGGGUCCCCGCCACCUGGGAUGACUACGAACGCGGCGCCUCGCAACGCUUCCGUGAGCAUCGACUCCAACGCCGUCGCCGAGGACCAGUCGCUCCUCGACGACGGCAACCAGGGACUACCAGAACGAUGAGCACAGGGACAGCGAGACGGGGGGCCUGCGCCGCCGCCGCCGCCGACGCUCCUCCGUCACGCGACACCUCGCCGCCGUCGCCGACCUGGGCGCCGACAACAGCAUACGUUCCUUCACCCGCAGCUGGGCCCGUGCCGCCGGCUUCGCAGAGGUCAUCCCCCAGCGCCCCUCGUUCAUCUUCGCCCCCGACCAGGCCCCCUUGGCCCCUUCGACCGACGGCCUCGACUACGGCCGCAGCCACGUCGACGCCAGCUCCUCCCACCCGCGGACCUCGCUGCUGCGCCAACACCUCGAGGCCCAGUCCCCCGGCGGCGGCGGCGGCGGUGGCGGCGAGGGCGCCGCCCCCUUCGACGCCGCCCUGCCCGGCGAGGGCGCGCCGCUGCUCGCCGCCGGCGGCAGCCACCGCUCGGCUCGCGGGACCUAAGCGCAAGCACGCCGCGACCACGCCGACCUAA